AUGUUUCGGACCUCCGUGCGGUCUUUGAAAGACCCUCUCCGCGAACAUGUCUGCUUUUCCUGUUUAGCUCAGGGACUCGGAGGUCGUCCCCGGUUGCGCCAGUUCUACAGCUCGCCUCUAUCACGCGCUAAAUCUGGUGAUGAGCAGGCCUCUGAUAGAAACACUCAUGCAACUUCCGAUGAGGGCGAUUCCCCCCCAACGAAGAAGAAGAAGAAAAAGAGAAAGGGUCUACAGGAUGUCACAGACCCUGUUGUUCGCAGAAUACCCAAUAUCAGUCCCAGUCCCAGUCCCAGUCCCAGUCCCGGUCCCACUCCCACUCCCACUCCCACUCCCGCUCCCAGUACCAGCGCAUCUAUGUCCCUUCAGGAACAGAUCCUGAAAACGCUUCGCGACGAUGACGCCAAGGUACGCACGGAAGCUACAAAAAAGACACGUGGAAGUACUGCACCAGACACUGGUCAACCAAUUCGGAAAGAGACAGUGACGGCGAAGAUCAAGCGAGCUGAGCUCUCCGCGUUGGAAAAAGCGAGAACAGGGAAUCCAGGCGCUCCAUUCCAAGGCGAGCAGGACAGCACUGCCCGUAUUCAGUCCUCCCUUCAGUCAGUUGUGACUCUGCUGGAUUCCAGAGGUGCAGAUCUCGGGGCCAGAGAAACCGUCCAAACCUUGUCGGCAAAUGCGCGCUCUGUACUGGGCCGACAUUCUGGUGAAUUGCAUUCCGAAGAGUUAUCUAUCACCCCUCUGGAAAUUAAGACCGCUCCGGUUCCUCAAUUGUCAUUCGGUCUUGACAGAGUCCUGUUCAACCCUGGUGUAUAUCAUCUCCGUGAUCCUCGAUCCCGCGUCUUCAACUUCGAUCCGUAUCUGGGCUCCAUCAUGCCUGUCACUGAAUUCGACUUUGAUGCACUCAAGGAAUACAUUACUUCGUCCAGGGACGAGACUCUGCGGGGAAUUGCAGAAAAAGAGAAGAAAAAGUACGUUGGCUCAUCGUCGAGCAUGACCUCGGUACUUUCUCAUUUCCAUUACCUGCUCUCGUCGUGGAGACCAAUCGACGCCCGAAACAUAUCACAGGGCUUCCCAGAUAAGUUGCGUACAUUUACACGCCUUUUGCGAGCGCCGGCAGCCAUGUUCCUCCGGUAUCAAGACGGUGUAUACGCCAUUGAUGCCGAUAAGGAGUUUGACUCUGCCAACAUUCUGAUUAACCUUGGCAAGUCAUUAGAGAAACUCCUCACUCUGCCAAAGGAGGAUUUUGAGCGAUACAGGAGGACAAGUACGAACAAGAUCUCUCCAGAAGAAGAACAGGCUAUUCCCGAGGCCUACCAUUAUUCGACAAUGGGCGAUUUCGUCAUGAGGUCUCAAUUGGACGCUUAUGAUCCCAGGCUUCCGGGAACUGGAAUGUUCGAUCUGAAGACCCGAGCGGUUGUGUCCAUCCGUAUGGACGUACGCAACUUUGAGCAUGGCCUCGGUUACGAGAUUCGCCAUCGCUUCGGCGGCUACGAGUCCUAUGAGCGCGAAUUCUUCGACAUGAUUCGGGCUGCGUUCUUGAAGUACUCUCUCCAAGUACGAAUUGGGCGUAUGGAUGGCAUCUUCGUCGCCUUCCACAAUAUUGAGCGUAUCUUUGGAUUUCAGUACGUCAGUUUGCCGGAAAUGGACCAGACUUUGCACGGUCAGUCCGACACUGCACUGGGCGAUACCGAGUUUCAACUCAGCCUAGCAUUAUGGAACAAGAUCCUCGACAAAGCCACCGAAAAAUUUCCAAAGAAGUCAUUGCGAUUCCAUUUUGAGACCCGAGACGCGCAGACGCCGUUCAUGUAUAUCUUCGCGGAGCCGGUCACCGAUGACGAAAUCCACGCCAUUCAAACGAAGAACCAGGAAAAAAUCGAGGCCUACCAGCGUCGCAUUCUCAACCUACCCUCAAAGGAGCGUAUAAAACCUAAACCUACAUCAGCGCCAUCAGAACUUAAAGCAGGAAGCCAGCCAGCCACCCCCGCAAAGGACCAGACUGCUGAAUCGAGCAACAAGAAAAAAGGCUCAUCGCAGGAAAUUUCCACUACAUCCGAUGCCGAUCAAGAGACACCAGCAACUUCAGACGGAUCGUCUGCCUCGGAAUCUCAAGACGCACCCGCGGAGGAGUCUCAGGAAGCGCCGCGGGAAUUACUUGCCAUGACCCUCAUGGUCAAGAACAAAAUGAACGGCUACUACGUCGAGCGGCCCACCAAUUUCACAGCGUCCGACAAGUGGACGGUCCAGUGGGAGCUGACCGAGGUGAAACAGCCGCAAGCGCAAUCCUUAUACACUGCAUGCCAGAACCGCCGGGCCAAGGCUCUCGCAAUCCGCGGAGAGGGCGAGAGCGGCGUCGCGGCCAAUGUAUAUAUCCGUAAACUGCGAGAGCUCGCCAAGCAGGGCCGCGAAUUCCGCCGAAGGGAGGACGCACUCGACAAGAAGCGAGGAGUCGUCGUUCUGGAUGGUGUGGUCUAA